CCGAUCCAAAUGUUCCGUUCAUUGGUUUUCAGACCAUGGUUGGUGGGAAAUCACUCAUGGGGGACAGAAUAUUCUUUCCCCGUUCUCUCUGACUGGCAGCCAAACUGGAGACUUUUACGCAACCACGAAGGAUUCUCCUGUGAAUCGCAGUUUCCCCUCUCUGUUUUGGAGAACUUUCCCUGAGUUUUCUGUCCUCCCAAGUAUCAGUACCUGUACCUGUAAGUACAGUAAUUUACCUGUGAAUCUUUUGUGCCGUGAGACAAUGAUGAAUCGGACUUGCGUCCUGCUGCUGGCUGUGAUGUUACUGUGGGGCGACUAUUGCUGGGGAUCAAAAGUUAGUAAGGUGUCCAGAAAGAUGCCGCGGCCACGUCCAUGCUUGGAUAUUCCAGAGGAAAUUCUUGAACAGAUGUUUGGGAGACUUUCGGUGGGAGUCUUUAGCGCCUUUCAUCACACACUGCAGCUUGCAUCAGUUGAGCGACUGAAUAUGACAUGUCCCUCUGGUCGUCGCUUGACAGCGGACAGAAAGUCGCGCAUUCCUGUGAAUCUAUUAAGUAUUUCUCCUUGGGCAUACAGGGUCUCCCACGACCCAGCGAGGUACCCACGUUACAUCCCAGAGGCUUACUGCUUGUGUAAAGGAUGCUUGAACGGUCCUUUCGGCCAGGAGAGCGAGCGCUACCGCAGUACUCCGGUCUACAUGCCGUCCGUGAUCUUGCGUCGCACGGGCUCGUGCAUUGGUGGCCGUCACUCCUACACGGAGAGCUACAUCUCGGUCCCGGUUGGGUGCACGUGCGUACCGUUGCUGGAAAAAGAUAGGCAAGCACCGAGGACCAACCAAAGUCUGGACAGCACUAAAGUAAAGCCAGGCCAGAAGUCGUUCCAUACCAACCCCAUUCGGAAGAACAACUAAAGAAUGUAUGAAGACCCUAUUCACGUGCCACAUUAAGACCAUCAGAACUAUAUUUUUACUGAAAUGUGAGAUUCCUGCUUUUGGGUCUGUCCAGUGGUGAUACACAGUGACACCUGUUGAUCAAAAAGUCUCAUGUCUUCUUUCCUAGAAAGUAAGUUCCUGUGAAGCAGGCACAGGCCAAUAUAUUCUGAAUGAAAGCCAACCACAGAUGAGGGCAUCACAUGGGUAAUGGAAUGGAUCUAGCUGACUAUGAUAAGCACCACUGUAGGCACAAGCCAAUAAAAGUAAACAGUCUAGGAAACUAACUGCAAUCUGAGAUGUGGCGGUGGUGCCAGUGUUUGGAGAUUAUCCUUGCUCUCCGGAGUGGAUUCCCUUAAAAACAUUACGGGUAAAAGU